GGCAAAACUACAAAAGACUACCACCACUUCAAAGACGCCAACAUAUCCAAGUUUAUUACUCCACAGAGCCAUUGGCACGCAUCAUCAACACCAACUUACACCAGCUCAAUUUCCGCCCAGCUCUCACGAUAGAGCAAGGUAAGUCAACAACCUCAUCGCCAACCACCACCAUCUGCAACUCCACCUCUCCCUCCCCCUUCUCCCCCCGCCAAACCAUCGUGGGUCCAGAUUAGACCUCAGUGACGGAGUAUCUCACAAUGUGUCUUGCAGAAAACAUCUACCACAUAGCCUGCGGCUGCUGGCAAGGCCACCGCAUACGCCACCCCUGUCCAAGAAAGCCUCACCCUCACCCUCGCCAUCCCAACAGCUGCCCAGAUCUCUCCUGCUCAGGCGUCUUCCGCCAACCAGGCAAAUGUCUCGCCUGCCGGCGCCGCGAAGCCCAGCACCGGAACCUAUUCCCGCUCCCACUUCCACCUCCAACGCCACCGCCCUCGCCUCCGCCGCACCCUCGCACUACAACUCUCGAUCAAGGUAACAGAGGUGCCGACGAGGACGAGGAUGAAGAAAAGAACCGGCAGGGCAAAUUCGCGCUCCUGGCCGAAGUCCUCUGCCGGGCCGUCGACGCCCGCGCCGAGCGGGACGGGUCUGCUUCGCGUUCUCGGUCUCGAUCUGGGUGUGGGAUCAAUACGGCGAGUAGAUCACGUUUCCCAGAUGACAGUAGUGAUGAUGUGACGCCGCUGGACACUGCUGACGGUAAGACUUUGUUCAUCAAGGCUUCGGAACAGACUUUCGAGACGCAGAGUACCGCGUGGCACCAGAAUUGAAGGUAGUCAAGAUCGCAAUGUGCAGCCGAUUGUCCCCGAGAAAGAACGUGUCGGAAGGAAACACGUCCCUCCUCGCCUCCCUAGGGAGCCGACCUGUUCUCUGAACGAGGGAGAAACUUCGGCCUUACUACAUACAAAAGCUCCAGCGUACGGUAGGUGAG